CAUGGCAGUGGACACUAAUGGGUUAAUCCCUCUCGACACCUGAAGGACAGGAAAUGAGCUAAUAAAUUCCAUGCCUCCCCCCCUCACCUCCAUUCUCUUUCCUGUCCUCAACGAAGGAAGUGAAGGAAGUGUUUUAUCACCUUUUACUGGCACCAGAGGGGGUUUGCCUCAAAGUCUCCGGAGCCUUGUCUUUAGGAGAGAUCUCCAUUAGGAGAUAAUGGCCUUUCGUUGCCCAUAGCUGCAGUAAGACGCGAAGCCGUUAGGCGCAUGCGCAGUAAGACGGUUGCAGAGCUCUUCCUGGACGCGUUGCUUGGAUACGCGCCGGUGACGUCAUCACGCUGUGUUUUGGCGCCAGCGUUUUUAAAUCAGCGUCUGUGUUCCCCAUCUUGCUGCCUGUUAUCCAGACGCUGUUUUGGCUGUUUAUGCCCUGAGCCUGCUACUAUUUGCCUCCACAACUGCACUGACCCAUGAGUUCUAGACGAUCUAGAUCCGCUGCCAGUGGGUGAGUUGCAAAGGGGUCUCCCCCUAUCUGAGUGCUGUUGCACUUUUCAUAUGUUUGGUAUUCAUUAUGAAUAUUUUUGUUUAUUUUAAGGAGUCCACAUCAUAGGCAUUCUGAUUGAAGAAGAGAUGAUGAUCGUGGGAGGGAGAAGUCUUGUAGAAAGGAAUGUAUUUUCUGCUCUUUGCCUGCACUUCAGGAUAAAAAAGUUUGUCAGAGCUGUUUUGAUCAAAAUAAUACCUCCCAGUCUUCUGAGCAAUUCAAUAAUUUCAUGUCAUGGAUGAAGGAUUCCUUUAAUAAAUCUAUGUCUGACAUGGUUGAAAAAGUUACAGAUAAUGUACUUGCUAAAGUUUCUGCCAAUCAACCAUCCACUUCAUAUGCUACAGCAGAUUUAGCUGUUCACAUUCCUGACGAUAGUGUCUCCUCUGAUUCACAAGAGGAAGGGGAAGUGGAUUCAGAUGAUGAGUUGUUUAAUACAUCUUUCAUAGAGCCUUUAAUUCUGGCCAUGAGGAAAACCCUUAAUUUGGAUGUUCCUUGUGAACCUUCUUCCCAACCAGACCUGAUGUUCAAAUCUUCCAAAAAAAGCAGUGUCUUUCAUAUUCAUGAUGUUGUCAAAGCCACAAUUAAAUCUGAAUGGGAUGUUCCUGAUAAAAGAUUUUUUCUGUCUAAAAGGAUGAAAAAGAUGUAUCCUUUUCCUGAGGAUCAAGUUAAACAAUGGGUAUUACCCCCUAAGGUUGACGCUUCGAUCACCAGGGUGGCAAGAAGAACAACCUUGCCUGUAGAUGAAGGGGUCUCCCUAAAGGAUCCUAUGGAAAGACGGCAGGACUCCAUCCUUAAAAAAGCCUAUAGUGUUUCAGGAUCUAUUUGUAAACCGUGUGUGGCUAUUACCUCCUUAGCUAGAGCUAAUAAGAUCUGGUUAAAUAACGUUGUUGAAGCCUUACAGCAAAAGGUCAGCAGAGAGGAAAUUCUAAAUUCCCUUCAUGAGAUUCAAUUAGUAAAUGAUUUUUGUGCUGAAGCUUCUAUGGAUAUCCUCAAGUUGGCGGCUAAGGAUAUGAGUCUGGUGGUGGCAGCUCGUAGAUCUCUAUGGCUCAGACAUUGGUUUGCUGAUACACCAUCUAAGCAUAACCUUUGCUCCCUCCCCUUUGAAGGAGAUCUUCUUUUUGGUCCAAAAUUGGAGAAUAUUAUCUCUAAGGCGUCGGCUGGCAAAUCAGCCUUUCUACCCCAAGAUAAGAAAGAGAGAAGAACAACUUUCAGGGGUAACAGACCUUCAUUUAAAGAUGUCAAAGCUUACCGCCCAGGCAGAAAUUUUCAGAGGCAAUCCUGGAAGACUAAGCCUCAGCCCUUUCAGGUUAAGAAGGAUUCCAAACCUGAUAGAAAUAAAUCCUUCUGAAGGUUUGCGAGCCCUUCAGUUUCCUGUGGGGGCCAGGCUUUCACAAUUCAAAACUGUUUGGGCUCAAACUACGACAGACCUCUGGGUAUCAGAGGUAAUUUCAAGAGGAUACCAAAUAGAAUUCAUAAAAAUUCCUCCUUUUUCUCGCUUCCAAAAGUCAGCAGUUCCAAAAACAAAGGAGGCUCUGCUUGCCCUCAAGGGUAUUCUGAAUCAACUUCUGGUGAAGAGAGUGAUUAUCCGUGUUCCUUCCACCCAAAGAAGGAAAGGAAUUUUUUCUCCUUUAUUUCUUGUAAGAAAAAAAUCGGGAGAUUUCAGAGCUAUUCUAAAUCUAAGGUUCCUAAAUCAAUUCAUAAUAAAAAAGACCUUUCGUAUGGAGUCAGUAAGAUCAAUCGCACAAGUAUUAAGGCCCGGCGAUUGGAUGGUCAAGAUCGACUUGCAAGACGCCUAUUUACAUAUUCCCAUCGCAGCAAGUCACCAGAAAUAUCUUCGGUUUUAUUGGAUGGGGAUUCGAUACCAGUACAGAGCCCUGCCAUUCGGUCUCGCGUCUGCUCCAAGAGCUUUUACGAA